CAAAUAUGUUAGAAAUCAUGACACUUAUAAAUAUUGAAACUAUAAACAUCGAAACAAAACACAAAGUGAUUUAAGUUUAAAUUUGGAUUGAUCGGCACCAACGGUUGGUUAAGAUGGAAAUCUUGUUUAGAUUUCUAUCAAGAUUUAGCAGGAAGAAAACAACAAUUGAAAUUUUGGAGGAUCUUGAUGUGAAAAUUAAAGAAAUGGAAAGAUAUGGAUAUAGUAUAGAACAAAGACAUAAAAAAAUUAUUGGAAUUCUGAUAUUAUACAGUGCGAUACUUUAUAUUAUAACAGCAUUCAUUUUUUACUUCUAUUUCUCCCCUGCAUCACUAUAUGAUCAAAUAUUUUAUAUCAUUCCACUGUUAAUUUUUCCAAUUUUAAUAUUGCUUACAAAAAAGAUGGUAACCUGGUAUUAUAAAUAUAAAAUUUCUAAAAAUCAAGAUAGAUUAAUCUAUAUGCAAUCUGAAAAAAAGAAAAUUCUGGAUGUAGUUGCAGAGAUUGAAACAUAUAAAAAAGCUAAAGAAAUUCUGUUAAAGUUUGCGCCUGAUCAACUAAGAAUGACUCCACCUGCAAUAGAAAUUCCUGAACAAUCUAGUACACCACAAUGUAUAAAAUUUGCUAGAUCUCCUUUUGGGGAACUGAGGAAGCGUGUAACAAUAAGUCAAAAUCAAGCAUUAAAUGCGCAAAGCUGCGUAUCUUCUAACACUGGCCCUGCCCCAGCUGGCAUAACUCCUGUUCGCAAUUUACCAAAUACUCCUCUUCAGAGUAGUGAUAAACUAGUCAAUACUCCAAAUCAGAAUCAUAAGUCUCCUUUAUUCUGUUCAUCAAUCUUACCACGUCCAAUAUUAUCGCCGCAAAGGACUAAUUUGGAUCGAAUAAUUGAUUAUCUCAUUGGGGAUGGUCCAUCUAAUCGAUAUGCAUUAAUUUGUCGAGGUUGUGAGUUGCACAAUGGAAUGGCUCUCAAAGAGGAAUUUGAAUAUUUUGGAUUUAGAUGUUGUUACUGCAAUUUUUUGAAUCCUGCAAGGAAACAGAAGCCAUCUGCUCCAAAACUAGAACACAGUAUUACACUUAGUAAUCCAUCUUUAAACAAUUCUGAACAUUUAUCAGCUAACACCAGUACAGAACUUUUGGAAGAUGAACAAACUGAAUCAAAGGAUACAUCUGAUUCAGAUAUGAAAGCAGUUGAAAGAUCUACAGAAACGUUGAAAGAGAUUGAAUCUGUUACUGAUACUAAAGAUACUGAUACAGAUACUAAAUCAGAAAAAAAUACAUGUGGUAAGGAACUCAAUAGAGUUAAUAACAAUUAAACAUGUUUAUAAUUCAAUAUUUUUUCUAAAAAAAAUAAUUGCAAUUAUGUAGAUUAACUAGAUACUGCGGAAUCGGAACGAAAAAAAGUACAUAAUCGUGAAGAAAGCAUAGAAAAAAUAGAUAUCGAUGAAUUUCCGAUGAACCUUAAAAAAAAUAUGUAGAAGUAAUUUCCAUUGUAAAACUGUUAUAAAAUAUGCGUACUACAAUAUGUGUACACUAUAAACAUAUAUUAUAGUUUUCAUUAUACUAUACAUGGAGAUAUACAUACAUACAUAUAAAUGUACGGAUAUACAUACAUGUAAAUAUUUCCCUUUUUAAUAAACUUUUUAUAUUCUUUUUAAUA